AUGGUAAACCAAAAAAAUGGAAUUUUAUCAAAGUUAACAGGUUUAACAUAUAGCCUUUUUAAGCUUAAUAUUGAAGACAUAAAUGAAGAAGUUGAUGAGAAUAUAAACCCCUUGGAAAAAGCAAUAUUAUAUGGUAAUAGCGGUGUAAAAUGUCGAAAAAUAUUAUUUUUAAAAGAUAUAAUGAAAUUAUUAAAUCAAAUAAAUUAUGAGAAUUUUUUAAAAUAUAUCUAUCCAUUAGUUGUUAAAUUAAGUAAUGAUGAUAUAGAAAUACAAUAUGAAGUAUGUAAUCGUAUUGGUGAUUUGUGUGCAUAUUUAAUACAAAAUAAUAAUCAUAAUGAUGGUUGUACUGAUAUAAUGAAAUUAUUAUUUCCUAUUGUUGAGAGAUUUAUAAAAAAUAAUGAAAAUAAGAAUAUUAUAGAAACAAUAAUGAAAUCAUUACUUAUAUUGUCUACACAUAUAAAUUGGAAAUAUCGGCAGAAAUUUAUUUUGCCUUUUAUAUUAUCUUUAAUUUCUAAUGAGAAAUAUAAAUAUAUUGGUUUUAUUUUAUUAAUAAAACUGUGUUAUAUAUUUGAAAGAAAUAUAUUUUGUUCUUUUUUAAUACCAUCCAUAAAAUGGUUGUUAAAGAAAAAGGAUGAUUUAGAAAAUAAAAUAUAUAUUUCUUGUUAUUUAUAUAAUAUAUGUAAAAUGUUAAAAGAGGAAGAUGAUUUAUUUCAUAUUUUUCUUCUGUUAAAAAAUUUAUGUAAUCAUCAAAGUGAUACUAUAAAAAUAAUUAAUAUAUUUAAUUGUACUCAUAUAUCCUUGUUAUAUUCAAAAAAUAUCUUUUUCUAUUUUUUUGUACCUUUAUAUAAUCAUUUCUUAAAGAAUGAAAAUAUAUAUGUUUUUUAUUAUUCUCUAAUUAAUUUAUUCUAUUUUAUUUGUAUCUUUGAAGAUAUCAAUUUAAUACACCCUUAUUAUAUUCAUAAAAUGAUAUUCUUUUUUAAUAAUAUGUUUUCUUCUCAUACAUUUACCUUAAAUUAUCUUAACGAAACAGCCAAAAAAAAAAGUAAUUAUUUCUUUCUCAAUAAUAAUUAUCUAAAUGAACAAAAUGGAUUUAAUCAUAUAACUCAUAAGUAUCAACUAAGAGCCUUACAUAACAGCAAUAAUAUGAAUAAUAAUUUCAAUAACAAAUUAAGUGAAAUAAAAGAAAAUGAUAUCAUAUACAAUUCUACAUAUGAACACGAUAAACAAAAUGAGGAACCAUGUUUAAUAAUUGAUGAAAUUGAAGAUAUGGAUAAUGCUAUGAAAAUAAAAGGAAUCUCCGACGAUUUGUAUGAUAUAGAUGUUUCAUAUUCUAAACCAGAAGAAAUAAUACACGAUUCUUUAAAUGAGUGUGAAAAAUUAAUAAGAACGCAAAAAGACGUAGCUGAAUGUUUAUCUGUAAAUAGAGAGAAGGAAAAUAAAAAUCAAAACUUUUAUAUUAUGCAAGAACAAUAUAAAAGUGCACAAAUGUAUGAACCAAAUGGAGAUAUAUCCGAACAUAAUGUGGAUAAUCAAAAAAAUAAUAUAAAAAUUAUUGAGAAUAAUGAAAUACUGAAUGGUAAUAAUUAUCAAAUGUGUGAAAUGAAAGAACAAUCACACAAAUAUAGUAAUCAGAAUAAUCAGAAGGAUGAUCAUUUAAAUGAAAAAUUAUGUGACCAGUUAUAUAUAGAAAAUCACAAAAGGGAUUCUUAUAAUAUGAGAAAUAAUAUCGAUAUUAUUACUCAUUUAAAUAAUAUAAAUAAAGAAACAGAGAUAAACGGACAAAUAUUUAAUAAAGAAUUAAAAGAUAUAUGUAAUAAAGAAGAAAUUGAGAAGGAUAAAUUAAAAUAUAAUGAUGAAUAUGUAGAAGGAACUCUUAAAGAAAACGAUGCAAAUGAAAUAAUAAAUCAUACAUUUAUUACAAAUAGUUUUAAAAAUGAUAAUGAGAAUGAUCCUUUAUAUAUAGAAGAUAAGAGUAAUAUUAUUUAUAUGAAUAAAUUAAAUAAUUCCAAAAGAGAUAAUAAUAUAAAUAAGGAUGAAAAUUUACAUAUGGAACAUAAAAGUAUUCCAUAUAUAGUAAAUGAAAAUAUAUCAAAUGAUGUUCUUUUAAAGAAUGAUUUUCACUUUUUAAAUGAUACUUUUAGCACAAUACCUUCCAUUUUUUAUAAUAAUAAUUUAUUUAAUGAUCUUAUAAUAAAUAAUAGCCAUUUUAGUAUAAGCAUAAAACAAUUUUUUGAAAUGUAUUCUAAUAAUUAUAGGUUUAAACAUUUUGUUAUAGAAAAUAAGGAAAAUAAUGAUUCUAUAGAUUCUAAUGAUCCAUUUGAUGAUAAUAAUACGAUAAAAAACAUUGAAAAUAUGAAUAAUAUGCAUGAUAGAAAUAAUUCAGAUUAUGAUUACAAUACUCUUUAUAUCCCCAUGAAUGAUAAAAUUUUACAAGAUAUAGAUAAUACAUUUAUAAAUGAUAAAAAUAUAGAUAUUGAUAUAAUCAAAAAUUGUUAUUAUAAUGAAGUUGAAUUAAUUAAGAAGAAUGUAGCAUAUGGAAAAAUGUUUGUUAAGAGAAAAAAUGAGGAUAAUAAAAGUAAAAAUAAAAACUUGAGCAGUGAUAAUAUAAAUUAUAAUAAUGAUGAGACUGAAGAUAUAUAUAAUGUAGGAAAAAUUGAUAUUGAUUCGAUAAAACAGAAAUUUCUAUUUGAUAGUACAAAUAAUGUAAUUGUAUCACAUAAUAUAAAUGCAGUAUAUAUAACAGCACUUCAUUUACCUUUAUUAAUAUUAGUAUUUAAAGAAUAUUUCUUUCGUUUCUUUUCUCAUAUAUUUUAUUUUAUAUGUACAUAUCCAUAUUAUAUCAUAAGGAUGACCAUGGCAUAUAAUUUUUACGACAUUUUAAAGAACUUUUUCCAUUCUGAAUUUUUACAAAUUGACAUGGACAAAUUCAAGAAAAGGGGAAAUGAAAAGAGAUUUAAUAAAAUAUUACAAAAGAGAAAUAAUAUGUUAUAUAAAGAAAAGGUGGGAAAAAAUAUAUUAUCAGAAGAAUGUGUGAAGGAUACAAUGAAUAGUAAUAAUAAUAAAGGUAGGAGUGGUACGAAGAAGGGAUCACUAGAUAUACAAAUAAAUACAAUGUUUAAUAAUGAUUAUGCGACUUAUUAUAAUAUGAGAAGAAUACAAAAUAUGGUGAUAGCUGAUGAAAAAUUAGAAAAGGACAAUGAUGAUAAUAAUAUGGAAAAAUCUGACAAAGACGAAAAAGAAAAUAAUAUUACGGAAGGUGAUUUAUUUAAAGAAAAUAUCAAAGUAGAAGAUAAUAUAUAUAGUGAACAUGUAUUAAUAGAUAAUGAAAAAAAAUAUGAGAAUGAAAAAAAUGUAGAGGAUAAUAUAUAUCAAUGGAGUGAAAAAAAUGAAGAUAAAAUAUCUCAAACGAGUGAAAAAAAUGUAGAGGAUAAAAUAUCUCAAUCGAGUGAAAAAAAUGUAGAGGAUAAAAUAUCUCAAUCGAGUGAAAAAAAUGUAGAGGAUAAAAUAUCUCAAUCGAGUGAACAAAAUGAAGAAGAUAAUAUAUCUCAAACGAGUGAAAAUUAUAUUACUGAUUCAAAUAAUUAUGAGGAACAUAUUAGAAAGCUUCAAAAUCAUAUAAAUGUCAAUUUAUAUGAAAGUGACUUUUUUGUGAAUGAAGAAAAUGAGAAUUUUUUUUUUUAUAAACAAUUUCUUAUGAAAUAUGAGAAUAUGUAUAAACGUCAUAUACAAACAUUUAAAAAAUAUUAUAAAGAAGAUGAUUCUCCAUGUUUUUUUUUUCAUUUUUUUAUAUAUUAUUUUUUGAAUGAUACGAAUGUUUUGGUUAAAAAGGCUAUAUUAAAAAAUUAUGACAAAAUCAUAACUUUUUUUCCUUAUCAUAUAAAGCUAAUACUUAUAUCAUAUUUGUACAAUGUUAUAGAUUAUAAGAUAUUAAAUUAUUCAUUGAGAAAACGAGUGUCCAAAAUUGUUUUUAAAAUUUUGAAAAAUGUGAAUGAUGCGAAGAUAAUAAGAGAAUAUAUAUUUCCCAUAUAUUUGAAGUUGUGUAAAGAUGAUGUGGCUACCAUUAGAACAUACACCGCUAGUUAUUUUUAUAUUAUUUUACAGAAAGGAUGUCCAAAUCUUUACAAAUUUUUUAAGGGUAAAGGAAAAAUAUUAGACAUAGAAGAAUACGAGAAAGAUAUAUUUGUAUCGAAUGAGGAAGGUUUUAAAUUAAAAAGUGAAGAUUUUACUGGGGGGCAGGAAGUUCUGUUAAUAAGAAAAAUUAUUAAUAUAUUUGCCAUGAGCAAAUAUUAUUAUGACAGGCAAAUUUUUAUAAACAUUUGUGACGGAAUAAUUAGUGAAUGCCCUAUCAACUUAUUUUUGUUAUACUUUUUGAACCCAUUUAUUAAUUUAUCUGAUGAUAAAAUUCAAGUAGUGAGAAUAACAUGGGAAAUGUGCGUUUACAGUCAGCUGAAAAAGAAAGGAGACUUUUCAAAUAUAGCAAAUGUAUAUAAUAAAUUGGAAGAGAUGUAUUUAAAAUAUGGUAAAACGACUGUAAGCAAAAUUAAUCCUAUAAAAUAUAAUAACCCAGAUAGCACAUUUAUUGUAGCUUUUGAUCUCCAUCAUAUUAGUAAUUAA